GUAGAAGAAGACGAUCUGAAGCUUCCGGUGCGGGAGUGUAAAAUGUCCGCUCCUAAAAGUCUCCCUAAAGAUGCUCAGGUGAUGAUCCAGAUCUUGAAGGACAUGGGCAUCACGGAGUACGAGCCCCGGGUCAUCAACCAGAUGCUGGAAUUCACGUACAGAUACGUCACCACCAUCAUUGAGGACGCCAAGAUCUACGCCACGCACGCCAAGAAGUCCACCGUGGAUGCCGACGACAUCAAGCUGGCCAUCCAGUGUCGCAUGGACCAGUCCUUCACCUCGCCGCCGCCCCGAGACUUCCUGCUGGAGGUGGCCCGACAGAAGAAUCAGACGCCGCUGCCGCUCAUCAAACCGUACAGCGGGCCCCGCCUCCCCCCAGACCGCUACUGCCUGACCGCCCCCAACUACAGACUCAAGUCUGUGCACAAAAAGGUGUCGUCCUCUCGGAUCACGGUGCCUCGGCUCAGCGUGGGCGCCGUCUCCAGCCGCCCGGCCACGCCCACUCUGGGGACACCGACCGUGACGUCGGUCACUAAAGUCGGAACUCCGGGUGCUCUGAGCGGCCAGAGGUUCACCGUUCAAAUCCCCCCGCCGUCGUCACAGACCCCCAACUCCUCCAACGCCAAGAGCUCGACACCGUCCAUGCCCGCCGUCUCCAACGUCCUCAUCAACCCGUCCCUGAUCGGCUCCAAAAACAUCCUGAUCACCACCAACAUGGUGUCGCAGAGCGGCGGCAGCGGCGGCGGAGAGCUGAAGAGGAAACACGAGGACGAGGACGACUACGACGCUCUAUGACACCACAGCGCUCGGUCCAGUUUUAUCAAACUGACAUUCACAAUAAACA